UGAGUUUGAUUUGAGUGGCCGAAAACUGAAACACCGCAGCUGUUUCUAUUCUAGUCCAAUCAAAUCCCUCCGGCCUCAACUUCAGGUUAUGGCGCUCGCCUUUUGGGCCCUCGGUGGCCCACUUUCUGCCAAAUUUUCUUAUUUCCUGCUCUAAAAUGAGGUGGCCUCGAAUUUGGUCGCUGUUGGGCGCCGAAACACGUUCGAAACGGCGACUGCUGCUCGUCGUGAGCGUCUACGUGUGCCUGAUGGGCCUUGUUUGGCUCGCUCAGGUCCCCCUGAGACCUUCAUACAAAACGCAGAUCCACAACAAACUCACAGACGCUCUGCAGCAGCAGCUGAAAAAGCCGGACAGACGCCCAGAGAAGCAAUUUGAAGCCCUGCUCGCCGACCCAAAGGAAACGGGCCAGCAACCUGAAAAAGUUCUGACAGUGAUUUUUAAAAGAGUUGAUGGUGAUCAAGACAACCUGAUCAGCUUGGUGGAGUUAGUGACAUGGAUAAACUCCAAAAUCCAACACCACAUAUCCCAGUCACUGAGGGAAAAUUUUGUAAUUUUUACAAUGGUCGACAGCAACCCCAGAAAUGGUCUGAUUUCCUGGGAGGAAUACCACCAUUAUUUCCUAAAAAAACAUGGCUUGAAUGAGACCUACAUAAAAAAUCAUGACAAAAAACACAGAGGAUUAGUUCGUUCUAUUAAAGAGACAAUAAUGAAGGAGAAAAGAGCGUGGUCUGAAGCAGCUCGUUCAGAUCCGUCAUACUUGAACGUGGAUGAGUUCCUAGCAUUUCGACACCCAGAGUCGAGUCACUCAACUAUUGUGCAAUUGGUGGAAGAGCUUCUGGACAAAUUUGACCGGGACGGAGAUGACACUCUCACAGAGACAGAGUACGCCAGUCUCAGGGCUGAAGGCGACCUCGAGCAUGAAGCCGAAGAGCUUCGGCAGGGAGAGGGAGAAAGACGAGCCGAGUUUCGGACACUGAUCGACAAAAACCACGAUGGCAGAGCAGACAGAAAUGAAUUACUUGUAUAUAUUGAUCCAAGAAAUCCAAGGCACGCCAGAGACGAGGCUGAGACGUUGGUCAUGUUGGCCGACACCAACAAGGACGGCUUUUUAUCUCUCCCUGAAAUCCUCAACAAGAUGGACCUAUUCCUCUCAAGCAAAAUGGUCAACGCAGCUAAAAGUUUCCACGACGACUUCUAAAAUAUCUGAAUUGGUUUUGUCUUUUUUGUGCAGAUAAAAGUAUAAUACUGAAUGUGAAAACCUUCAAAGACCGACCAAGCCUGAUUCAGAGAUGGCCUGAUAGUCGCUUUCCGCCAGCUCUGAAAAACCCUCUUUAAAUCAGCCGUGCCAUUUAUUACGUAACAAAUCACGUUGCUUCCAUUUUUAAUGUCAUUGCAGCAUUCCUAAAUAAUUAAUACUCAUCCAUGUGAGAUUUCUAUUGUUAGUUUUGAUGUUUUAAAGUUGUAAAAAUGUGCAAUCUAAGUCGGUGACAAUUUACUUGUGUCAGGAGACGAUCGAUUUAGAUUUCAAAAGUUUGUGGCUAUACAAAAUAUCUUGUGUAUGUAUACAAGUACUUAAAAAACAAAACGUUUAUUGUUCUACUGGUGGUUUUGGCCUUACUGGCCUAUAUUUCAAAAGCCAUUUGUUUAGAUUGCAAUUUAUUCCAUUCUUGUGAUUUUUAGCAUUUUUUAUGCCAUGAGCAUUUUUAUGUGAUAUAAUAUUAUAUUAUUUCCCAUGUGUAUACUUAAAAUACUCAUCAAUUAUUAAUGUUCAACUUUUGGUUGUGAUCACAUUUUUAAUAAAAUUUUCCAGCUUUGAAA